GUACAGUUUACCAUUGCACGUAUUAUUGAGAGUUACUCGGCAGUUUCUGAUUGGAAGGCCCUGGAAUCCUGGCUGUUGGAAUUGCAAAUGCUCCGUGCUAAGCAUGCUGGAAAAAGUUUUUCUGGUGCUCUAACAACUGCUGGCAAUGAAGUAAAUUCCAUUCAAGCCUUGGCACGCUUUGAUGGNUUGGCACGCUUUGAUGAGGGUGAAUUUCAGGCAGCAUGGGCUUGUCUUGAUUUGACCCCUAAAAGUAGCAGCGAACUCACUCUGGAUCCCAAGUUGGCCUUGCAAAGGAGUGAACAAAUGCUGUUGCAAGCUAUGCUUCAUCAAGUUGAGGGAAGAAUAGAGAGGGUAACAGAGGAAUUGCAGAAGGCCAAGGGGAUGCUGAUGGAACCAUUAUCUGUCUUGCCUUUGGAUGGACUUGUCGAGGCAGCAUCACAUGUCAAUCAGUUAUACUGCAUCUCUGCAUUUGAAGAAUGUUACAAGCUCAAUAUAAGCCAAGACAAGCAUUUUCCAUCGCUAUUAAGCUCUCAUAUGCAAGCGAUGAAGUCUCCGAUUAUCAAAGUUCGCCAAGAUUGCAGUAUAUGGUUGAAGGUCCUACGAAUAUGUCAAACGGCUUACCCCGCAUCACCUAUGACUCUCAAACUUUGCAGGAAUUUGAUGAGCUUAGCUCGUAAGCAAAAAAACUUCCGUUUGGCAAAUCGUCUUGACAAUUAUCUCAAAGAACAUCUUUCUAGUUGCCCUGAUGGAAGUACUCGUGACAAUAUAAUUCUUAGCUUGGAGUAUGAGAGAGUACUGUUGAUGCAUGCUGAAGACAAAUUUGAAGAUGCUUUAACCAGUCUUUGGUCAUAUGUCCGUUCUUCCGUGAUUUCAUCUUCAUUUGUAGCGUCUGACGCCAUUGAUAGAGUUCUGAAGGCAAAGGCAUGCCUGAAACUAUCGAAUUGGUUGCAAGAAGGUUAUUCAAAUUCAGGGAUGAAAGACAUAGUCCUCAAAAUAAGAUGUGAUUUCAGCACCUCACCCGGCAGAGAGGAAUCUAGCUUCAUUCUUGAUAAUCUGGCUUCUAAGGAGAAUGUGAAUGCUACUAUUGAGGAACUGGUGGGCACUGCAACAAAGUUGUCGUCCCAACUCUGUCCCACU